CCGUACCGCAUACACAAUACCGCGACGCCAAAGCGCGCCUUAGCCGCAGCGUAAGUGCAAGCGCGUGGGCUCCUGGGCUCGUUUUUAGCAGUGAAAAAAAGCUGCAAGGCGCCGCAACUGCUCGUUGCACAGCUUCGCAGAGAGAGCACUCUCAGGACAGCUGAAACCACCCCUGCAUCUCGCGCAGCACCGUUCCGACAAAAACCGCUGAUCAUCUCGCUGCGCGAUAAUGGCGGAGGAGACGGACGACCUCAGCCUGGAAAGGGACCUCGACGACGCCGCGCGCGCGGAUUUGCAACAACGAAUAGCUGAUGAGCUCGAAAGCAUCCUCGGGACGCCCUGCGAUGCUGUGCUUGCCGAGUACGCGACGGUACUCGUCGCGACGGAGAAGAAGAGCAUGGCCGAAAUAAGGGUGGCCCUCGCGGAGAUGAUCGAGGAGGAGCGCGCGGCGAAAUUUGUAAAUUGGCUCGCCGCGGAGCUGCCGGCGCUCGAGACGGCGAAGCGGAAGAGGGAUGAGGACGACGCCGAGGACGACGCCGCGCCGGCGCGGAAGGGCCCGAUCCUCUCGGGGCCGAGCGUCUUUCCAGGCCGCGGGUUUCGAGGGAGAGGCCGGGGCCGGGGACGGGGCCGCGGCAAGGGCCGAGGGCGCGGCCGCGGCAAGGGCCGGGGCAAGGGCCGGGGCCGGGGCCGCGCGCCGGCGGCGGCCGAGGGCAACAAGAUGUGGGUGAAGGAGGGCCACCAGAUCCAGUCACCAAAACUCGACGGGGCCCUGAACGCCUCUAGGUAACACAAUUUA